AUGAUUAAACAACAGCAACCACAACAACUUAAGGCACAAAGCACCCAGGUCCCUCAGACCAUUACAUACGCCAUAUAUGCAUAUAAUUCAAAGACGGCAGAACAAACGCAAAGGUUGAAAUAUGGAGAUUUGGAGAUAGUAUUGAAAAAUGACCAUUUCGAAUUCGUUUGCAAAGGUGGUGCAGUGAUAUCAAAUAUAAAAGAAAUUUUAUUUAUGAAUUCUAAAAUUAAAGGUAUAACGGAUGAUAUAACAUCAAUUCCACCAGAAGAACAGAGAUAUUACGCAUUAAAUGCAUUUCCUAAAGUUUUGAAGAUUGGAAGAUUUAAUUUAAAUGAGGAAUUCAUAGAAGGUUUCCUAAACGACAUAAUGAAGAAAGCAAAUUUGGUUUAUGUUGAUGAAAAAGAUAAUGAAAUCAAAGAAAGGGUUGAAAGGUAUCAUGAAUGGACAUCAAAUAUUUUAAAAACUAAAGCCGAUACAGGAUGGGUUUCAGGAUGUUUAGACCUUAAAGCGGAUAAGGAAUAUGUUAACGAUGAGUUAGAGAAGAAAGCAGAUAAGGAAUAUGUGGUAAGUGAAUUAAUGAAGAAGGCAAAUAAGGAAUAUGUGGUUAGUGAGUUAGAGGAGAAGGUAGAUAAGGGACUUAUGGCUAGUGAAUUAAUGAAGAAGGCAGAUAAGGAAUAUGUUAAUGAAAAAGAUAAUGAAAUUAAAGAAAGGGUUGAAAGGUAUCAUGAAUGGACAUCAAAGAUUUUAAAAACUAAAGCUGAUACAGGAUGGGUUUCAGAAUGUUUAGACCUUAA